AUGUCGCGUCUCAGCUCGCACACCCACACUUCUAUCCGCGCGGGCCGCGUGGCCGUCAAGACAGUAACUCGCAAGAAAGGACCUUCGGCAGAUGAAUGGGCGCUCGUCGAACCCUUGCUCGAAGUCUGGUAUAUACAGGAGGAACGGAGUCAAAAAGAGAUACUUGAGUUGCUGGCGGGCCGGCAUGGGCUCGUUGUCAAGCCUAACGUGCUGAAGACGAGGUUGAGCAAAUUGAAACUGAGGAAGAACGAUACGAAAGAAGAGCGCGAAGCGGCCGUAGCACACCUGAAGCAGUGCGUCGACCUGGGCGUGACUGCCCCACUGGACAUCAAGAUCAAUGGGAAACACCCUCACUGGGACCGUGUCUAUCGCCAUGGCCGCAAGGAAUCAGGAAUCGAGAGCUCGUGGCUGCAAAAAGGCUCCGAGUGGCAUGUCCAAGUCUCCCGCCUUUGCCUGAAAGCGACUCCCGUUGACCACCAUUCUGAGAUGGCCCUGCUAGAAGUCAAGAGCUACUGGAGCACAGUCCUUACUCAGCCUGUCCGCGCCGUGUCGCCAAAGUCAAAGCAAGACAAUAACAAAACAUUACCCGACCCAAGCACUCUCAGAAUCGGGUUUCUUACCGGCCUACGACUCCUCAACAAAGGACAAGAAGAGAGUGGACAGCGAGAAUUUCGUCGCACGCGCGGUGAGGCCUCCAAGGUGUUCGAGAUGCAGGAGCCUGAUCUUACAAAGGAAAUCCUGUCCCUCUUCUCAGCCAGGGCUUGGACUUUGCACCCUGCCGAAUUUUUGUCCGUCGCCGAGUUUCUUCGCGGCCUGUCCAUCGAGUACCUUGGACUCCAACAUCCUGUGAGCAGGAUGCUCGAUGCUUUUGUCGCUUUGGUAGCUGCAGGUACCUUGGAGGCCUUCGAAGUCAUCCCUGAGCAGGCAUUGAAAGUGAUGGUCGACCUCGCCGACACGGAGAAGAGUCGGGUAAAACUUGAAUCUUCGUAUCUUCACUCUGUGGAAGUGGACCUGAUCAACAAAGUCAGAUCGAGGCUUGGUCCUGUCGCGGUCAGGAAACUGAUCCAGAAGAAAUUCUCCCAUUACAGGUCGACCCUGGGCGAUCGAAGCAGGCAUACGUUGUCGAUGCGGAUGGACCUUGCCCUGACACAUCUGGACGAGGCUAAAGGCAUUGAUGGACAGGAAAAGCCAGACGAGAAACGUAUUGCCGAACGCAAGGGCGAGGAAAUCCUGUCCAAGAUCGUGGCUCAAGGCGAGAAGUACCCGGCAGACCGCUACCGGAUCGGCAGCUAUCUGGUGGCAGCCCAAGAACUUGCUCGCUACUAUUUCGCACAGCAAGAAUUUCCGAACGCGCACAAAUAUUACGUGCGAGCGGUGAUCUGGGCCACAGAGAAGCUUGGCAAGCACCAUUCGUAUACAAGCUUACUGUUGACCGAACUCAGAGCUUUGCGCAAGUUGGUCAGGCUGGGCAUGGUCGACGUUCCAGCAGCCGAGGAGGAGCUCUGGCAAACUCACAUCGGCAAGACCAUCCCAGGAGAGGUCAAUGAAGCGGUUGACUGGGAACCAUAUCAUGCUGAUAUUGACUUGGAUGACAAUCUCGAGCUUGCUGAGCACGAGAAUACCCCGCAGAACGAGAUAGACGCCACCCCCAAAUUGCUGGAUCAGAGCCAGAGACAAAUGUACGAAGGAAGCUCAUCACAGGUACAAGACGAUGUUCAGCUGGAGGGUCUCGAUUACCGUGAUUAUCAGGAUUUCGAACCGGAUUAUAUGCAGCCAGCUGGAUCUUCUUUUCCGGGGGAUCUGGAUGUGCUUGAUCAUGAUCUAUCUGGGGACGCCUAUUUCGCGUCCCAAAUGACGUUCGAAAGCCUUCUGAAGGCCUCUGAGCAAGAUAUGCUUGAAUUCCUGCCGGCCGAUCCCAGCCACGAUCUCAGCUGGUUGGAAGAUAUUGAUGGACGUCUUGAAGCCUAA